UUUGUGACGUUGAGUUUGUUGUAGAAAAAGUUGGUGUCGUUGUGUGAAAAUGUCUAAAGUCCAAAUGCUGAGAGCGUUGGUGAAGCAGCGACUAACUGCGGCUGCUGAAGAGAUAUUUGGGCUGUUUGAAAGAACCAUAGCAGAGUACGAGGAGGAACUUUGUCGUUCCAAAGAGGAGAACCACCGACAGCGACACCUGCUGGACACCGUCUUUAACCCGGACGUUCACUUACAGGCAGCAGAUGUGCACCAUGAACUGUUGAUGAGGAAAAAUGAGGUUCCUUCUGAGAACCAACACUGGUGCUCCAAUUUGGAUCUGGAGAACUCAGAUAGCCCACAGAGGAAAGUCGAACAAGGAGAUCUCUGGACCAAAUUAGAGACUGUCCAUCCUCCAGCUGUGGAGGAGGCACAUAUCAAGCAGUCCACAUGGCCUCAAGUCCUUAUGAAGAGUGAAGACGAUGAAGACAAACUGUCCUCAGAAGGUCAUCAAAGCCAAACUGAGGCAGAGUCUCGAGCCAGCAUGAAAACAGAAUGUGAUGAAGCAGACUCUGGAGGACUGGAACCAGAAACAAACUUGCAUCCUGAUGCUGGUGAGAAAAUUUCAGACCCCAAACAGUCUGGGAAGGUUGGGACUAAUAAUGGCAACAAGACCAGAGAAUGUGAUUCAGGUUUAAACACUCCAACAAAUAUCAACAUUCUGGUAACUGACAGAAAACAUAAUACUGUUGAAAAACCAUUUGACUGCUCUGAGUGCAAGCUAAUGUUUCGCUACAAGAGUAUUCUGAAUCGACACAUGAAAAUUCACAGCGGAGAGAAACCAUUCAGCUGUGCUGAGUGUCCAAAAAGGUUUUUACUCAAGAGCAACCUUCAGAAACACAUGAUGAUUCAUACAGGAGAGAAACCCUAUGUUUGUCCCAUCUGUGGGGCACGAUACAACCACAGUACAAGAUUAACUGAACAUAUUCGGAGCCAUACAGGAGAAAAACCCUUCAUCUGCUCCGUGUGCAACAAAAGCUUUGGAAGACGGUCACACCUGACCACUCACAUGCACUGUCACGCCAAGGAGAAACCCUUCAGUUGCUCAGUCUGUGGUAAAACAUUCACCCAGAGUUCAAACCUCAGUGUACACAAGAGGAUUCAUUCUGGUAUUAAACCUUUUAGCUGUUCAGUUUGCAGUAAAGGUUUUACACAAAAAACAAACCUAAUAAGUCACAUGUCUGUCCACUCAGGACAAAAACUGUACAGAUGUAAUGUUUGUGGUAAAGGAUUCAACGAGAAGUGCCGCGUAAGAAAACACAAGUGUCUGGAGGUGUCACACUUUGACAGACUGAGGCCGCAUCUGUGUACUGACACAGGAGUCAUGCAAUCUCUUCCUCAACAGUGAUGGACUGCAGAUUUGACUCCAUGAAAAAUUAACCACCUUCAUUUAUGUUUCCAAACUGCAUGAGGAGAAUACUGAAGUUUGUCCUCCCUGUUCUGGGUUUGGUUUAUGUUUGGUGGUAGGUUGAAGCUAUCAAAUAAAAGCUCAGCGUUUGUCCUGGUGCUUGGAUGACCUUGGUUCUGGAUUUAUCAACAGUCUUUUCAGGUUGUGGAGAUGGAACACUGUCAGAGGUGGAUGAUGUCACGUUUCUAUCUGAUGCCUCCAACAGUUUCAUAGUUGUGAUCCUGAACUGCUGUUGGACCUUUAGAACAAACAUUUGUUCUUUCCUGGGUGUUAUUUGCGCCGCUGUCCUCAGUUAUGUAAAGCCUGUCUCGUCUUAAGUUUCUUGUGUUUUCUAUAACAGACUGUAGGCUUGUGGUACAGUGAAUCUUUUGGGAUGGUUGCUGAGGAAGAACCUGAAUUGGGAACCUUCAUGAUCGUGUGGAAGCCUUGGUGAAAUUCUUCAGAUUAAAAAUGUCUCUGCUGUUAAAUGAAAGAAAGCACUUGUUCUUUUGUUAGACCAUUAUGUAAAAAGGUUUCCUGAUUAAACCUGAAUUAUGUCAGUUUGUCAAACGCUUUUACAAGUACGUAUUUUCUGGACUAUAUGGCGCACCCGGUGACGCUGUUCCUCACCUGCCAUCAU